AUGUCGUCGACCUCGGAUUAUCCCACACCAUCACUCAACCAGGGCGGAACGGCCAACGAGGACUUGCCUCUCGACUUGAACGACCCCGCCAGACCGUUGCUGCCUGGGGAGUUUCGAGCCUUCUGCAUCAUCUGCAAUGACCGCGCGAUCGAAGUCAUACCCAACUUUCGCUACGCUCUGCACAGUUUUGCGACGCCUAACAUCUGUGGAUGGGUCUGGAUUGAUGCAUUUUGUAUCAGACAACAUGAUCUGGAGGAACGAGUCUCCCGGGUUACACCGAUGGGGAAAACAUGUUCUCGUGCUGCAGAGGUACUGAUCUGGCCGGCGCACGAAACCGACCUGUCUUCGAGUUUUGUCAAGACUACACAAAACGUUGCGCCCCUUGUUUUGCAAGCAGUCGCCGAUGGACCUCUACCUGAACGUGAGCUGAACGUUCCGUUCCCUAGUGGUAGUUACGAAGAGAUACUAGGGGUUAAAGAUUUUGCCACAAUCCUACUGAAAUGA